CCUUCUGAUGUGCAGGAUGUGGACAUUGAUUCUCAUUACAAGGGCUACAGUAUAGCCACAAGGCAAUCUCUUCAUGCUUGGUCGGGGUCACAGCUUGAUUUGGGCCUUGUAGAAUCAACAAUACAGUAUAUCUGUCGUCAUGAAGGUGAUGGUGCAAUUCUUGUAUUCCUUACGGGUUGGGAUGAUAUUUCUAAGCUGCUUGAUAAAAUUAAAGUAAAUAGUUUCCUUGGAAAUCCAAGGAAAUUUUUGGUUCUCCCUCUACAUGGAUCAAUGCCUACAGUAAACCAGCGAGAAAUAUUUGACCGCCCACCUCCUAAUGUUAGGAAAAUUGUUCUUGCAACAAACAUUGCAGAAAGCAGUAUAACUAUUGAUGAUGUCGUGUAUGUCAUCGACUGUGGAAAGGCUAAAGAGACAAGCUAUGAUGCACUUAACAAACUGGCUUGUUUAUUACCAUCAUGGAUCUCAAAGGCAUCAGCACAUCAGAGACGUGGUCGUGCUGGUCGUGUGCAACCUGGGGUUUGUUACAGAAUGUAUCCAAAACUAGUGCAUGAUGCUAUGCCACACUAUCAAUUACCUGAGAUUCUUAGAACACCUUUGCAAGAGCUUUGCCUCCAUAUUAAGAGCUUGCAGUUGGGAGCUAUUGGUUCAUUUCUGAACAAGGCUCUUCAACCCCCAGAUCCUCUCUCUGUUCAAAAUGCUAUCGAACUUCUGCAAACAAUUGGUGCUCUUGAUGAUGCGGAGGAACUUACCUCACUUGGGCGCCACUUGUGCACUUUGCCCUUGGACCCAAAUAUUGGGAAGAUGCUUCUCAUGGGCUCCUUCUUCCAAUGCCUAAACCCUGCCUUGACAAUUGCUUCUGCUCUUGCACAUCGUAACCCAUUUGUUCUCCCUAUAAAUCGGAAAGAGGAAGCAGAUGCUGCUAAAAGAUCCUUUGCUGGUGACUCUUGCAGCGACCAUAUUGCCCUUCUCAAAGCUUAUGAAGGAUGGAAAAAUGCUAAGCGUCAGGGUAAUGAAAAAGCAUACUGCUGGGAAAACUUCUUGUCACCAAUAACCCUGCAAAUGAUGGAAAAUAUGAGAAUGCAAUUUCUUGAUCUACUGUCUGAUAUUGGGUUUGUUGAUAAAUCCAAAGGUCUCAAGGCUUACAAUGAAUACAGUAAUGACUUGGAGAUGUUAUGUGCAAUUCUCUGUGCUGGGCUAUACCCUAAUGUUGUUCAGUGCAAAAGAAGAGGAAAGCGGACCACAUUCUACACAAAGGACGACGGAAAAGUUGAUAUUCAUCCAGCUUCUGUCAAUGCCAACGUUCACCUCUUCCCCCUCCCUUUCAUGGUCUACAGUGAAAAGGUCAAAACAAGCAGCAUCUAUGUGAGAGACUCCACAAACAUUUCGGACUACACACUUCUCAUGUUUGGUGGAAAUCUCAUUCCUAGUAAAAGUGGAGAUGGUAUCGAGAUGCUUGGAGGGUACCUCCACUUUUCCGCAUCAAAGAGUGUGUUAGAAUUAAUAAAGAAACUGAGGGGAGAACUCGAUAAACUACUGAAGAGGAAAAUUGAGGAGCCGGGCCUUGACUUCUCAACCGAGGGAAAGGGUGUCGUUGCUGCUGUUGUUGAGUUGCUACACAGUCAGAAUAUUCGGUAUUGAUUUUUGUGUACUAUAAAACAUAAUUUAUCGAUAAAUAACACAGCCCUUUAAAAAAAACUUGACCUUCAAAAGGCUUGAUGUUGCAAUUUAAAAUUCUUGAUUCAUGUUUUUUUAAUGAUCAACAAUUUGUUCACCCAUAUAUUUGAGUGUAUAAAUCCAACCUAGAAUGAUAAAUAGUACUCCAAACACAAGGAUAUUCAUAUGGAAACUAAAACGGUAAAAACCAC